AUGCCCCUCUCACACAGGCACCUCCACCGUCAUCGAGAUCUUCUCGAUGACAUUGACGACAUCAUCAAUGGCGUGAACCCCCACGACAAGCACGACAAGGAGAGUUCCAACAACAAUAAUGCCGAGAAAGGUCAACAGACUGUGGUUCAAGUUGUCUACAAGACCAUGUCAGCUACCUUUUCCGGCCCUAUUGGCGGAUACGUGACUGUGCACAACCCUCCUCCCCCGAAGGAGACGCCGAAGCCUGAGCCCAGCCCAAGCAAGCAACCCGAGUCCAAGGAGACGCCGACGCCAAAGGAAACUCCCAAGGAGACGCCGAAGCCAUCGCCAACCCCCAAGGAGACGCCCAAGGAAACACCAAGCCAGCAACAGCAGAAGCCGCCAUCCCAGACACCCAAGGAGAGUUCUUCUACUCCCACUGCAAUUCGCGCUCCUGCUCAAACCCAUUCCGAGUCCGAUGAUUCAAUUGUCAAGGCUACUGGCUCACCUACGCACUCUUCCUCGCCGACGCAACUGGCUGUUGAUGGCAACCGAGCUCACUCUGCAGCCUCUUCUAUCAGCCCGGCUUCAGCAACAACGACCCCUACCAGCGUCAACGGAGGCAGCUCUGGAACCAGCGCUGGUGCCAAGGCAGGAAUUGCCAUCGGAGUGCUCGGCGGUAUUGCUCUUGUAGGACUGCUCAUCUUCUUCCUCAUCCGCCGUCGUAAGCAGCAAUCUCAGCUUGAGCAACUUUCGGACGACGAUGAAAAGGCUGCACCUCCACCCCCCGUCCAGCAGCGAGCAGUCGUGGCACCAGUUGUAGCACCGGUCGUGAAGCCAGUGAUGACACCUGCUGCGGCACCUGUCGCGGCACCCGUUGUUGCGGCUGCUGCUGCUGCGCCUGUUGCACGAGCAGUCUCGCCAAUGUCGUUUGAAAUCUCUCCCGCACCGUCUCCGGAACCCAUGGAGGAUCCGUUUGUUCGCACAAACCCGAAUGCUCCCCGCAUCAGCCUUCGACCUGUCACCCAGUUCCUCCCUGGCUGGGAUCUCGAGAAGCAGACCGCCGCUGUCGCUGCCGCUGGCGCUGUUGGUGUUGCUGUUACUGGUGAUGGUGCGGAUCGACCUAGUACGAGCCAGAGCAGCCACCCCGCCAACCCCUUUGGCCAGCAAGCCGAGCGUGUUCCCUCUCCUAUCAGCGAUGCGCCAACCCCCCAGACUCCGACUUACAAGCCCUACACGCCUUCCGUCAUGUCCAUGGCCGAGAACGCGCCAGAGCCAGACCCGUUCAAGGCUGAGGAGACUGUUGCCGUGGCCGCUGCUGUUGCCGCUACUGGAGUUGUCGUUGCUGCUGGAACCACCAAGUUGGCUCGCAAGGCUUCCAUGAAGAACAAGAACAAUGUUGACCUGACCGUGAACACUAUGGAAGCUGUUCCCCCAAGCCCCACCGGUAGCGUCUCAUCAGCCACUCUUGGAUCUGCUCCUAACAUGGGUUCAUCUGGCGCGGCAGCUAUCGCAGCAGCUGGCGGACCCGCAAACUCAACUGUUCAUCGCGUGCAGCUCGAUUUUAAGCCCUCUCUCGAAGACGAAUUGGAACUGAAGGCGGGCGACUUGGUACGCCUACUACACGAGUAUGACGAUGGCUGGGCGCUUGUCAUCCGCCUGGAUAGGUCCCGACAGGGUGUCGUUCCUCGCACAUGUCUGUCUACACGACCUGUGAAGCCUCGACCACCACAGGGAGCUCCUCCCGCCGGCCCUCCUAGGGGACCCGGCUCGCCCUCUGGUCCCGGCUCGCGCCCCGCUUCUCCUGCCGGUCCGAUGAACCCCAACGGCGUAGGCCGACCCCAGUCUCCAAUGGGUCGCCCGAUGAGCCCGAUGAGCCCCGGACCCAAGAACCAGGGCAGCCGACCCCAAAGCCCCAGCACAACGAGCCAACGCGGGAGCGGGAGCCCCCCUGUUUCCAGCCCAUUGAACCCAAACCCACCAUCACCAACCUCGUCACCAACAGAGCCGGCGCCGGGACCACAAGCAGGUCCCAUCGGUAGAAAGCCUGUCCCUGGCCAGGCUUACUGA